GGCGCCUCGCCAGCCCGCGCCGCGGUCCACACGCGAAAGCCCGCGCUGGCCUCGGUGCCAGCGCCCUCCGCCCCGCACGUGCAGGUGUCCUCGCCACCAUGCGCUCGCUCGGGGAGCAGGUGCGCGACUGGCACCGGGGCGCAGAGGCCGUGGCGCGCGGGGACUGGGGCUCUGCGCUGCGCCUCUUCUCGGGCGUCGUGGAGCUGCCCUCCAGGAUGAGCUUCAACGUGGGCUGCGUGCACCUGCUGGCCGGGGACCCCGAGGCCGCGCUGCAGGCAUUUGAUCAAGCGGUGACCAAGGACACCUGCAUGGCUGUUGGCUUCCUCCAGCGGGGUGUGGCCCACUUCCAGCUGGAGCGGUUCCAGGAGGCCCUGGCUGACUUCCAGCUGGCCCUGGAGCAGCUGCGGGGCAAUAGCGUCAUCGACUACACACAGCUGGGCCUGCACUUCAGGCUGCAAGCCUGGGAGGUACUGUAUAAUAUGGCGUCUGCACAGUGCCGGCUGGGACUCUGGGCUGAGGCCGCCGACACACUGGCUGAGGCCGUGUCCAAGUGGCCGGAGAGGGCGCAGGAGGGCCUGGCCGUGGCCCUGUACCACGUACAGAAGCGGGCCCCCCUGCAGCCACGGCAGGUUCCCCCGGGCGAGGUCUUCCGGCCCCACAGGCGGUACCUGGAGCACCUAGAGCCCAUGGACUUCCUGGGCAAGGCCAAGGUGGUGGUCUCUGCUGUCCCUGAUGACCGGCCCUCAGGUGUCCAGCCCGAGCAGGGACGGGCAGUCCACGGUGAAGCUGUCUGCAGGGCUGUACCAUGGCCCCAGGCCCUGGAGCCCAGAGGAGCCAGAACCCACGAUGGCCGCUGCAGUGCAUCAAGGGAGGCCAGCUCUGGCCCUGCUGGGCAGGCGGACUGCCACCUGCCUGUCACCGCCCACCAGAUGAGGCCCUCGGUGGCGCCAGCUGGAAAGAUGGUCCCUUCAUCUUCAGCCAGGGGCUUCAGAGCUGCCUGCCCCUUGCCCCAGGGAGCAGCUGCACAGGACUCCAAGGGCUCCGUGGCGGUCACUGUGCAGUGCACCCUCACUGUGGAGCUGCAGGCCCCCCGAGGAGCCGGGCUGGCUGGCCUGCGGGCUCUACUGGCUGAGGCCCUCCCUGCCCAGGCCCAGCAGGCACAGCUGAGUUACUGGGCCCCAGAGGACAGCAAGCUCUGGGUCCCCAUCCCCGGGGAGGACGCACUGCAGAAGGCGUGGAGGGAUGCAGCAUCUGCCCCCCACGGGCUGCGGCUCCAGUGCCGGGGGGCCGGGGGCCGGCCAGUGCUGUACCAGGUGUUGGCCCAGCAUGACUACUUGGCCCAGGGCCCCGAGGACCUGGACCUCCGCCGGGGGGACAUGGUGGACGUCCUGGCUGAAGUGGAUGAAGCCUGGCUGGAGGGGCACCGGCACGGCUACAUUGGCAUCUUCCCCAAGAGCUUCGUGGCGCCACCCAGUGGAGCGGUACCUAAGCCGGGCCCAGGGCCCGAGCAGGAAGACAGGCUCUGAGCAGCUCUCGUUGCAGAAGCUUUAAUAAAAACAGCACCACUA